GGAAUCUGAACACAACUCGAAGGCGAAGGCGAAGACCCCAAAAGCAUCGAGAAAAAGUCAAUUUGGUUUUUUUGCUCCUAACUCCAUUGAUAGAAAUAUAUAGACUUUCAAGAUGGAAGAGGUUCAUUUCAGCACGCGUGGCUUGCUGCGAUUCUUGGUCUCGUCCGCGUGGAUAUGGUCAUGGUCUAGCUGGGAAGAAUCCGCACUUGCAGGUAGUCGAAGGAUCAAAAAGAAAAAUGGACGCAUUCUUGGCGGUGCGUCCUCCAUCUGCGAUAAAGAGAUUUCAGAUUCGUUAUCCGAACGCAUCCGAAAUCUAGUCAUGUCGCAGGAGUGGCAGGCGAUGCAGCAGCUUAUCACACAGGUUCACACGGACGCCGAAAAUUCAGCAGACAAGUGCGACACGAAGGUACAACUACUUACUAGCUCCAUGAUUAGCAUCAUCUGCAAAGGAGAUUCUAGAAUUGACACGAUCGAGCAUAGAAGAGAGUGGGCUUCUGUGUUGUUACCGGAAAAUAUUAAGUUUGAGGUUAAGCUUAAGGGCAAGUCUUUCCUUUUUCAUCUUUAUCACUUUUUUCAUAUUAAGGAUCAAGAGGAGUAGUUGUAAAUGAAUCUGAAUGCUACUAGACUGCCAGCAAGCAGAUUUUCACUUGGGUGAGGGACGCUGUGGACGACAUGAAGUCUGAAGCGGACGAUUUAAAGCGCAUCGUCAUCGACAAGAAGUAUCUAGAAAAGAAGAACAGUUUCACAGACGUGCGUCCGGCUUUCCAAUGGGCUCAAAACAAAACGCACUUGUUUUUGUUGAUUAAAAUGUCCGCACGUUGGAACGCGCCUGGCGCACUGAAGCUCAUUCGCGGACCAGGUGCCACAGGAAUGAAAACGGGGUCUGUGGUUAAUUCUCUUGCGGCGGACGAGAAAACGGGCGCAUCGAUUGUUGUUAUGACAGACGAGACAGAGCUAUUCUUAUUUCUUCAUAAUAUCAUGUUCAUGAUGUGGCAACGAAAGUGUUGUAUGCCACCUCUAUUGUAAUUCUAAUUCUCUAGAAUACGAUUUUUUCAUCAACUUCUUUCAAACUUCGUUUUCGUAUACAUGUUAAGGAUGUUGUCGGCGUGAACACUGAACAUAAUGAAGAAGGUUUGUUUCCGUCCUUCCAUAAGUUUCGGGACCAGUGGCAGCGCGGGUCUAGGGCCUUUUCUGUCCUUGCGGCGCAACGAAAUGCCAUUUGAGCUGAACUUCACAGCCUAUGGCCAGAUUUCGGCAACCAAGUAUCGCUAUUCGCUAAACCUACCUCUGUGGGAUGGUAUCUACUCCGCAAACGUGGUGCUGAAUUCCGUGGGCAAGUUUUUGGUCACGAUCGAAAAGACGUUUCCUGGAAGGUGGAAAACCUUGACUCAUUCGGGUACUUCUAGUACAGGAGGUACAGGAGCUGCUCCUUCAACGAGAACAACAGCAUCUUCAAGUAAAGGGAGGACUACAACAAUGUCUGCUACAACUUCAUCUUCUGCUGAGAGUAAUAAUCACAUGCGUUGGGCAGAGCGACAAGAAAUCGAAGACAAAAAGGAGUUUCCUGUGGGAAAAGAAAGCGACGACGAAACGGCCGGAGACCGCGCUGCACGGACGAACCGGAAGGACAGUCCUGCGAGUUGCGAGCCGAAUGGACAACUCUACUGUCGAGCGAGAGACCACUGCGUUCUCGAUUGCGCCAUCUCCUGUAGUGAGGAUUACGGAAUCAUCCAAAGGGGAGAGUGUUCUGGUCGCCCAAUCAUUGACGGGCCGUCGCCGGACACGCGAAUACGUGUGAAUUUAUCGGACGAACACCCAAAACGUUCCAUUUUUUCGGGUCUGAUGUCGGUCGAGGCAAACUGGGGUAUUGUGGAUGAGGUAGAUGUGCAUGCAGCUCAACCUCCAGGGACGACAACAUCAGCUAGUAAAGCAAAAACUUCGCGGUUGCUGUUCACGGCCACUCGGGAGAAACCGCGGUUCCAGGUAAACGCAUUGGAACUCGGAGCUUCAGCCGAGGUGGAAAUCACCGCGCGAAACGUCUUUGGACAAGCCAUCCGACCAGUGACUCAGGUCCUCGUGGAUAUGCCGUAUCUCCCGGAGUUUGUCGCGGUGGAACUCGUUUGUGAGGACCUCAACGCAGACAAGAAGUGGGCACGCUAUAAGUUUGCGCUAAAACUCUGGGAAGAUGAAAAGGCUGCAAGAGAUGACGGGUCAUCAUCUAGCACAGGAGCUGACGUUGAAGUAGCAGAAGUUGCCCGCCCUACCACAACACGUACAAAAUCAAAAUCUCGUCCGUCUUCAGAAGCUUCAUCAAAUUAUAAUGCUGAUCUCCGUGCGACUGAUUACUACAAAUUUGUUUGGGCUAAGCGGCGAAACUCUGCGUGGGAGACUGUCGAAACGAAAACUAUAACUAAGCAGCUUGGCCCAGAUCCGUUUGGGCGGAUAGAGCUUCGAGGUGAGUACGAAGAGAACGUCUGGACUGCGAACAUGCCCCAUGACACGCAGGCUCCUUCUGAAGCAACCCACGUCGUUGCCAUGCCAUACAGCAAACACGGAGCCGGGCCAGUAUCGACUUGGGUGGCUUGUGAAAUUUUGGAUGAUAAAUCGGAAGAUCAGGGUGCUGCAGCGGGACCAGAAAACGUUGAUGUUGUACUAGAUCAUGAUACAGCCGCGUCGUCCCUGGCAGGAAGAUCUACAAGUAAUUCAAAAGAUGAGAAUCUGAAAUUGAAACCAGAACAAGAUUUUCUUCCAAAUUAAUUGGACGAGUACGCUUGUAAUUGUCACUGCAACUAGCUUGCAUCCAAGCCUAAUUGCAGGGUACACGCUGGCUCCAAGAGCAACCACGACCGGGCUAACGUUCAGUUUUGGUAUCACGGCCUGUUGAGACAUAGAUGAAGACACAACUAGCUACUAUUGCCGAUGUAGCUACUCUUUCGCUCCGCUUCUUCUUCUGGAUUCUUGCAUGUUCCUUCGACACGAUCGUCC